AUGAACGCCGUAGAUAGGGCAUGGGAAGAGCUCAAGCAGGCAAGUAGUGCCAGAGGUGACGCUGGCCCACUUCCUCUAUCCAGCUUCCAGUUCCCCAAAAAGAAGCCCAAGUGCCCCAUGCACGGUAAAGUCAGCAAUGCCCACCAGUCUCUGGCUGCUCUGUCGUCGUCGAAGCAUUCCAGCGCGCUUGAUGCUCAAAAAGGCUGUACUGAGCAGGGUGGCGAAGCAGAAUUCGCAUCUCCAGCCGAAAAGGUUUACAGACUCGACUGCUGGCAGUUUGUAGCGUCUACCGUGCAACGGCAAGUCAAUAUCCUCAAAGAAGAGUGCAACGGUGCUAAGCGGUAUGGUGCUCUGGCGAUGCUGAAGCACCUCUUCCUAGAGGCAUCCGUGCCGAAUGUUUUCUACAACAGAGCAUUCACUGUAGUACUUGAUCCCCUCCUGCUAUGCCUUUCGGAACCUUCUGAGACAGCCCGUCACAUGGCUGCUUGCCUACUAUUGAAGUUUCUAACCGAAGUGGCCGAGGUGGAUGAGGCUCUUGGAGAUGUGCUUCGCGGGUUAGUGCCGCGAUUUGGCUCAAGAGACAUCGAGGGAGUCGCACAACUCCCUCAUAUAAUGAGACCAACGCCCGAAUAUAAGCCAUUGCAAUUGGUGCCUAUAGAGAAAAGUGAGGAAGUCCGACAGACUUUGCUUCAAGUGCUCCAGACAGUGCUUAAUAGGACAUCAGACAAAUAUGUUUGGAACCACCUAGAUUUGAUUACAGGUCUCAUCCGUGCGGCAACUAUGGACAUUUUCCAUGAUAUCAAGUUCGUUGCUCUACAAACCGUGGUGGAGUUCUUCGAUCGCCACCAAAACAUGCUGCUUCACUUUACCGAACCAGUAGCAAGGUCCAUUCUUUCAUGCCUUGUGCAUCAACAUGCUAGGAUCCGAAUGGGCGCUCUUAGAGCGCUGACUCAUGUGCUUGCCUCUGGACUGUAUAAGUACAGCGGCGAAAUAAUUCAAAUGCUCGCCGGUUGGCGUGACCCGAACAUUGUCCCAAUUAAAGCAUUGUAUGAAGUAACAACAGUCCGUAACUACUUCGCCGAGCUGUUGGCAGAUCAGUCGCCUAUGGUUAGAAUGUUUUUUUUUGACACCCUUGCGCGGUGGCUAUACGAGUUUAAAGAUAAAGCAGACUACGAAACAUGGCUGGUCCCCUACCUUCUGAGUGGACUGUUCGACCCAUUCAGACCCAUACAGCAGCUGGUAUUUCGGCUUCUGGAGCUUCUUGGUAAGCAAUACGAGGCUACGCAUGAGAAGGACCUUCGCGAUAUCAAGCAACUUGGUACUCCUGAAGCCUGGAGCUACGGUGGAAAGUGCUGCCUUACGUUCCCUUUGGGAGGCUACUGGGAUUUGCCUGAGGAAGGCAAAGUGCGUGAGGAGACGGACCAAUUUUUCUCGUUUGUUAACACGUACACGAAAAGCUUGCAGUCUCUUGGGUUUGAAGGCUACUCUCUGUCCGCAAGCCAAGAAGAGAGGUACGCCGAGACAGGCGAUGCACUCGUGGGCGAUCCACCGAGGCCCUGCCUCGGAACGCGUAUGAUGGUUAGAACGUACUUUAGACGCUAUGCUAACACACUUUUCCAACGUGUGGAUGACUUUAAAGAAGUCACAAUGGCUGCCUCCGCUCGCCUGAUGGUGGUUUCGUUCGCCUUCAUAGAGGAAGCAUGUGUGGAAUGGCUUGAUAACACCCUGGCGAUUUGCUGCCAAGUCCUGCCCGCAUUGCAUCACACAUCCCCAGAGGCGAUAGAGGCAUAUAAAGUUGCUGUACGCCUAGUAGGAGCUUUUGUGGACCCCGAGAUAUACUGGGAGUUUGUGAAAGACGCUCUGGAGGAAUCCUCUCUAGAAGAAAUUCAUAAGAGAGUUGCGAAGAUCGGCGUGCUGGCAUUAAUGCUAGAAGGCUCCUUCGCCGUCCUCCAGAAAACACCCGAUUUAACCCUGGGUCUGGGUCGUCUUAAACCAGUGUUACCCAAGAUAGCGGAAGCACUCUGUUACACUGAGCUGCUGCAGGACCUAUACGUCGGCUUUGCUGCUGACAACGUAACCAAAGUCCUCAAAGUCCUAAUUCCUGGGGUAGUUAGGCAGCAGGAAACUCUAUCUUUGACGACAUGGCACCAUCUGUUAGGUGUCAUUUGCUCUGUUGCAUCUCCAGGGAGUAUUCAAUUAGAAGCCGACGACAGCAAAUAUCUGGCUCCAGAUAUUCAAGAUCUACUUGACAGCUUGGUUAGGUGCAAUGGUUUUGCCAACAGAAAAUUGUCUGCCCCUAAAAGCGUGGGUUCACUGUGGCACUUUGCUAAACUUUCUUGCGGCUUCCCUCCAGCUAACUUGGCAGCGGUGAACGCAUGCGUAAGGUAUUUGCCAUACGCACGCAUACGCGAAGAGGGGACGUUUGAUAUAAUUUAUGCGAAGUUGCAAGAGCUUUCCGCAGCAACUCAAAAGGCUGCAACACGGAAGGGAAUCCGGCGGACAGCUUUGAGGCUUAUUAAACGACUGAUAUUGGAGGGCACAUCGGCUGGUCAAUCAAACGACAACAACGGCAAUGAUUCACCUACCCAGUUACACUCUGCAUCGGUUCCUUCAAGUGCGUGCCUAAACUGUGACCAGGCGUACCUUCGGGGAGCAACAGAAGCAUUUUCUGAUGUCGACGAUCCAGAACAAACCGUGGAUACCCCAGAAAAAAUCCAGAAUAAACUUCUGAAUUCCCCAGCACAGGCCGCGGCAAAGAUACUGUCCAACAUAUUGCUUAAUAAACUCAGGCAGAUGGAUGAAAGUUGUAUUGACGAUUUGAUAGAUACCCUCGUAGCCCUUUCAGAAUUUCUUAGUCUUCCUCAACUAUCAAGUAAUGAGAUUCACAAUUCAUUACAGGAAACAUUCGAAACAUCAAGAUUUAUUACAACUGUGGGUCAGGUCCUGCAAGACCCUUCUUUGCACAGACGACUGUUUUGCCUUGGUUGUAAAGAGUAUGCCCACGAAUGUGCUUCCAGAUACCCAGACAAGCAGCCCGCGCUGGUCUUGGAGGACAUGCCGUUGGGUAAACGCCGAGAGUUGAGGUUGUCUGCUAUUAGGGCUGCUGCAGCUCUAAAGGAACACGCUGUGCUGUUGAUGAGAGUCUCUUUACCAGUAGUGGCGAAAAGCUUUGAGAGCCUAAAAUACCUAGUAAAUGCAUUGAUUGGGUCACUCCAUCCGGCCAGCAAGCUUCAGCAACUUCAGGAAAUGCGCAGAAGGGGGAAAUGCGAUGCCUCCUGGAAUCAGCUCUGCUCUUUUGAAGCUGAGAUAUGCCUCGAUGGAGCCUCUGACCAAUUAAGAAAAGAUGAAUUUGCCCCAGCUGAGGAAAAAACUGGAAAGGUAGACAGCGGUGGGCUGCACUGCGCUUCGUCUUUGCCUUGUCAGCCCCAAAGCCAUUGGCGCCUCUUCCAUACUGCUAGUUGUCUCUGGGAUGCAAUAAAUACCGUGAUAGCGUGCCAUUCCAGCUUUACCGACAGGGAACCGAGCACUUGGGCAACCGGAAAGCUCCCCCCUUAUUGCUAUUCACAGUCCCUACUAAUGCCCCGCGCCUGGCAUUUGCCAGAGCACGGCCAUCUUCAGCGUGAAAAAGCAGGUCGAAUUCUGCUGGAGCUGUGUACGGAGUCUGCGCUAAGUGGGGCAAUCGACAGCUGCGUUAGGCAAAUUGUCGAGCUUCAGGAAUCAAUUUCAGCAGAUCCUGUGUGGUGCACGGAAGACUUAGAAAACAACUCAAGGCGAUGCCCAGAAGCGCGUUUAAAUCUGGUUCAGGCACUUAAUAUUGCAAAAAACCAGAUAAAUACUGUAGCGCCUGACAUCCAAAAAAAGCAGGCAUUACUUGCGCUGAUGCACGUUAUACGGUUGCUUGGCAGCGUCAGCCCCAGCUCCAUUCAGGAGUGCAUACGGCAGUACGAAUCAAGUGGACGUUUUAGCCGCCGUGCAGUUUUGAUCCGGCUCUUUGAAGAGCCCGCCACGGCCUUAGCUGAUUCCCUAAAAUGA